AUGGACUACGCUUAUCACCAUCAAGAGCAGGGCCAAGGCCAAGGCCAGCCCCCCUACGCACAGCAGCGAUCCCGCUGCCCCUACUUCAACCGAAAUGAGCAUCAUCAGCAACCCCCCAACAUACCGCAACAGCAGCAGCACCGCUCAACUAUGCACUACGACCCCGUUCAUGCUUCUGCGAACUACUGGCAUCCCCAAGGACAGCUGCCCCCCUACCACUGGCACCCUCACAUGCUGGGUCACCGGCCACAGCUGGUGCCCCAACAUCGGUCUUCGAACUCGGCCUCGGAACCUCAUUUCUACAACCACGGACCGGCCUCAAGCUUUGGCGGCGGAUUGGGUGGCUAUUCGGGUGCUCCCCCCAACGACAUGGGAGGGCCUCAGACCAUGCACCCGUCCUUCUCCCACACUCAACUUCCUCCGGUGAGAUACGGCCAUUCAACGCCCCUGGCACCCACCCAGCCGACCACGAGCCAGCCCUCGUUCGCCCCUGACAGAGCUUUUGGGCAAAAUACGACAUCUCGCAACGGUGCUUUCAAUGCAGCUUCACAUUCGCUGAAUGCGUCAACACCACCCCUCGCCCAGGACUCCUCAGAGACGAGCACAGAACCUCCGCACGCAACCCAGUCCACAACUCCAGAGGCUACAGCCACCUCGAAUCAAGCACCAGCUCCCAGUACCAGCAUCCAGUUUGGGUCUGCACCGCCAUCAUCUGCACCGCAACCCUACUCGACCUUCCCCCUUUCGCCAUAUCGGUCUAAUCGCUCGGCCCUUCAGGUGAGAUGA